AUGGAGGACCGUCGUUCUGCUCUAGCGAAACAGCGCGAAGCUGCACACGCCGACUACGAGUCCAAGAAGAAACAACUAGUAGCCGAAACCGAAAAGGCCCGACCCUCGUCACACCGUUUCGUAGGACAGAACGACAGCGUCGAAGACAGCCUUAAACGACACACCGUUGGGCUCGUACAUCUCGAAGACUUCCAAGCACGCCGUAAGGAAUUAGAAGAGGAGCGAGCUCGAGCAGCCGCGCGCAGCGAUACUCUCAAAGCGGAGCAGAAGGCCAAGAAGAAACGCAAGAAGGCUGCAAAGGCCACGCUAUCCUUCGCGCUCGACGAGGACGAGGAGGGAAGCUCGGCAUCUCCCGCGCCUGGUCCCGCGCGCAAGUCCGCGAGCGAGACGCCCGGUGAUCCCGCGACGCCCGUGCCGGAUGCGGAGGACGGGGACGACGAGGAACAGCGCGCGGCGAAACGUGCUAAGAAGAAUCCCGCUGUUGACACUUCAUUUUUGCCUGAUCGUGAGCGCGAAGAAGCCGACCGUCGCGCACGCGAGGAAUUGCGUAAGGAGUGGCUGGAGCGUCAAGAGACACUGAAGGCCGAGGAGAUCGAGGUCGUUUACUCAUACUGGGACGGCUCAGGACAUAGGAAGAGCGUCGUGUGCAAGAAGGGCGACGCUAUUGGGACGUUCCUUGAGAAGGCCAGACAGCAGUUUCCCGAGCUGAGAGGCGUCAGCGCGGAUAAUUUGAUGUAUAUCAAGGAGGACUUGAUCAUCCCCGCACACUACACGUUCUACGACUUCAUCCUCAACAAGACCCGCGGCAAAUCCGGCCCACUAUUCAAUUUCGACGUGCACGACGACGUCCGAUUACUUGCAGACGCGACGCGCGAGAAGGACGAGUCGCACGCGGGCAAAGUCGUUGAGCGUUCGUGGUACAUGCGCAACAAGCAUAUCUUCCCAGCUUCGCGGUGGGAGGUGUACGACCCGGAGAAGGAUUACGGAAAGUAUACGAUCAAGAGCUGA